AUGCGUCUCAUCUACAUCGCAAUCAUCCUGACACCAGCGUCAGCCCUGCCUGUCUCCCGGGGCCUAAUCAACAUCUCCCCCGAGAUCAACCCCAGCGUCGACUCCAGACCCGUGGCCCAGUGCUUGGGCAUCGCCGUCUGCAACCCGGUCACGGUGAACAACGGGAACCAAAGCCCAGCUCCCACUGGCCAGCAACAACAGGCACCGCCACAGCAGACAAGCUCCGGCGGAGGUGGCUCACUGAUCAAUGUCGCGCCGGUCGUCAGCCCCAAUAUUGAACCCUAUGGGUUUUUGAAGUGUCUUGGGGUUGCGAACUGCAACCCGGUUACCGUGAACAAGGGGGACGGGGCGUCAUAA